AUGAAGUUUAAGCUUCCACAGUAUGCGUUCAUCCUCGGCUCAAGGGGGAAUGUCAAAGAUCACGUGCGACGUUUGCUGGUGGAACAGCAUGAGGUGGACCGGACGGUGUUCAAGGCUAUGGUGACAGACAAGUCACUGCCGCUGGACAUAAGGCUGCAGGUGCAGCGGCUCUUCGAGACAGAGGUUCCCCGCGAUUCUGCCGCGACGCGUGUCGUCAACCGAUGUGUGCUAACUGGUCGCGCGCGCGGUGUGCAACGCUUCACACGUCUGUCACGUAUCAUGCUCCGCCAGCUGGCGCACAACGGCUUCCUCCCCGGCAUCUCCAAGGCAUCCUGGUAA